AUUUGCUGGCUGUGUUUUGCUGGCUGAGGUUGUGUGUUUGUGAUGUGUGAAGGGCCAGAGUUCCGGGGUUGCUGCUCGUGCCAGGUCCCGGGAGGCGGCGCGCGCGAGGUGCUGGCUGUGAUGAAGGGGGGGGCGGUCACGUGACCAGUUGACUGGUUGACAAAAAUGGCGGCGAUCCCCGAAUACAACAUGGAUGCCGGAAGGUUGGAGUGAAGCAGGAGGCGACGGACGAGAAGGAGGAGGAGGGGGAAUAGAGAGAGGGGGGGUAAAAAAGGAAAAACAAAAUAACAAUAAACAGCUCGAGGCUCGGCGCCUCCCGCUCGGCAUCUGCGGAAAAGGGACGCGGGAAAGAGAGUCUCUGAAAAUAAUAAUAAUAAAUUCAAAUCUUUCUUCGCCCCUUUGGGGUGGGAGGGUUAAAGUGGUUUUGAGGGGAAGGUGAAGGAGGCAAAGGGGGGGUUAAAAUAAAGUGAGGCGGAGCUGGAGGGGGUGGGGGGGAAUCACCAUGAGAGGAAGGAGAGGUAGGCCGCCCAAGACACUCGAUGCUUCGCCGGCGGGAGGUGGCGGGGGACCGGCCGGCAGCCUGAGGUACCGGGCCACCGGGGUCGGCAGAGGCAGAGGGGCCGACCGGCGGCUGAAUCACGUCGAAGCUGGCGGUAGAGGGAGCCGGACCUCGAGAGGCGGCAAGGCGGGGAACCGGGGCAGGGCCAAGGCCGCGGCUCAGCAGCAACGACAAGGCAGCCGCUCCCGCAGGCUGACCGUCAACAAAGUCAUCUACGACGACCACGAGAGUGAGGAGGAAGAUGAGAGUCUGGUGUCCGAGGAAGACGACGAUGACGACGAGGACGAGCGGGAGAACGAGGACGAGCAAGAUUCGGAUUAUCACCAGGCCACCGAGGAGGAGGAAGAGGAGGAUGAGGACGACGAUGCUAGUUAUUGCACAGAGAGCAGCUUCAGGAGUCACAGCACUUACAGCAGUACUCCAGGAAGGAGAAGACAGACAAGGGUGCAUCGGGCAAGAUCGCCAUUGUUUGAAGAAACAAACAUUGUUCCUCUUGAUAUUCCAAAAUGUUCAGAAGACUUAUUGGUGCCCAGUGAAGAGCUAUUGAGCGUUAUUGCUAUUUAUGAGGUGUUGAAUAAUUUUGGAAGCGUGUUGCGUCUUUCACCUUUCCGCUUUGAAGACUUUUGUGCUGCAUUAGUUGGUCAGGAACAGUGCACAUUAAUUGCGGAAAUGCACAUUGCUUUGCUGAAAGCGAUUUUGCGAGAAGAAGAUUCUUCAAAUACCACCUUUGGUCCUGCUGACUUAAAAGAUAGCAUCAAUUCUACAUUGUACCUUAUAGAUGGAAUGACGUGGCCAGAACUGGUUCGGGCCUAUUGUGAAAGUGACCGGGAAUACCAUCAUGUACUACCCUAUCAGGAAAAGGAUGAAUACCCAUAUGGACCAAUAGAAAACAAAAUCAAAGUUCUUCAAUUUUUAGUGGAUCAGUUCCUAACAACAAACAUCGCCCGCGAGGAGUUGAUGUCGGAGGGUGUGAUCCAAUAUGAUGACCACUGUCGGGUUUGUCACAAGCUUGGUGAUCUCCUUUGUUGUGAAACCUGCUCAGCUGUGUACCAUUUGGAAUGUGUGAAACCACCACUUGAAGAAGUGCCAGAGGAUGAGUGGCAGUGUGAGAUCUGUGUGGCACACAAAGUUUGUGGCGUUUGUGAUUGUGUGCCUGAGAUCCAGAAAAAUAAACCAUAUAUUCGCCAUGAGCCUAUAGGAUAUGACCGACACAGACGGAAGUAUUGGUUCCUGACUAGAAGGAUUAUAAUUGAAGAAGAUAAAGAAGAUGAAAAGGAUAAGAAAGUAUGGUAUUACAGCUCAAAGGUACAGUUGGCUGAACUAAUUGAAUCUUUGGACAAAGAAUACUGGGAAUAUGACCUAUGCAGAAUACUGGAAGAAAUGCGUGAUGAAAUUCAUCGGCAUAUGGACAUUACAGAAGAAUUGACGAAUAAAGUUCGUGGCAAUAAUAAAUCUUGUCUUAGUGCAGCUAAUGGAAUUGGGGACUCCACGGAGCCAGGCUGGGGAGAAUUGCAGGUUGUGGGAACUCUGAAACAAGCUCCUACGCAACAAGGCGAGGAAAUUUUGGAGCGGCAGAAAGCAAAACAAGAAGCAGAGAUGGAGGAAGUUAAGCAAAAGGCAGCAGAACAAGCAGAGAAGGCCAAGAGAGAAACUGGGGAUAAUAGCCAAAUGGAGAUUGAGAGAAAUAAUGAAACGUCAGAAGAGCAAACUGAAGAGAAGGACAAAGAUAGUAAAGAGGCUGAAGAAAAUCUUCAGGCAAAAGGCACAGAAGACCCCACACCUAGUGUCGAUAAUUGUAGCUCUGAAAAUUCAGGGACUUUGAAGAGCGAUGGCAGCAGCCAAAAUGCUUCUGCAGAUGAAAAUAAGCCUUGCCCAGCGAAGGACACUGGAGAGACAGAGCUAGCAAAUCCUCAAGCUGAGAAGCUGACCGAGGAGAAGAAACUGGCGGUCGAAUCAGUACAGCUCCCCCUGGAUAGAACAGAAGAUGCUAUUGAGACUUCCACUGAUGCUGCAAACAUUGCUGUGAAAGCUACAUCAUCACCGUCACCUGCUGAUGAUAGCACCAGCAAUGUGGAUUUGUCUAAUGACACAACCACUCAGGAUACCAGUUUCAAAAUGGUUGAAGAUUUAGAGAAUAUGGAGGGAUCCUCUCAGUCUUCAGGAAAUGGCCAGGAUGAAACAGAAUCAGCAGAAUUCAGCGGUGAUAAAACAUACGGUGAAAAUGGUGAUUCCUCUGGAGCUGGUAAAGGAUCAUCUAUCCCUACUCGGAUGGUCACAAGGUUACGGAACCCUGAUAGCAAGUUGAGUCAGCUUAAGAGCGCCCAGGCUGCAGCUGCAGUGCAUGAAGCAAAUAAAUCAUUUAAGGAAGGCAGAGAGGUCCUGGUGGUGAAUUCACAAGGGGAAGUUUCUCGUCUGAGUACAAGGAAAGAUCUGGUGAUGAAGGGAAUUGUGAACAACUUGUUCAAGUUGGGUCAAGAGGGAAAGUAUCGUGUCUACCAAAACCAAUACAGCACCAGCACCUUGGCGCUCAACAAGCAUCAGCACCGAGAAGAUCAUGACAAACGAAGGCAUCUUUCACAUAAGUUCUGCAUGACCCCUGCAGGCGAGUUCAAGUGGAAUGGUGCUGUGCAUGGGUCAAAAGUACUUACAAUAUCUACUUUAAGACUGACCAUUAUCCAGCUGGAGAAUAAUAUCCCAUCCUCAUUCCUGCAUCCUAACUGGGCUUCACAUAGAUCUAAUUGGAUAAAAGCAGUCCAGAUGUGCAGUAAACCAAGGGAAUUUGCACUAGCUCUUGCAAUCCUUGAGUGUGCAAUCAAACCUGUUGUCAUGCUUCCAGUCUGGCGAGAUUCAUUAGGGCAUACCAGGUUUUAUCGAUUAACGUCAGUUGAAAGAGAAGAAAAGGAAAAAAUUAAAAAGCGAGAGCGGAAACAAGAGGAAGAGGAAGUUAUGCAGCAAGCUACUUGGGUGAAAUAUACUUUCCCUGUAAAGCAUCAGGUAUGGAAACAAAAGGGAGAAGAAUAUCGUGUAACGGGAUAUGGUGGUUGGAUGUGGAUUAGUAAAACUCACGUCCAUCGUUUUGUGCCUCGGCUACCUGGAAAUACGAAUGUACAUUAUCGGAAAGAGCUGGAAGGUGACCAGAAAGAUAAUGCAAAACUGGAUCAAGAUGAGUGUUCUUCUACAGUAAAAAUGGAGUCUGAAGGCUGUAAGAAACAUCAAUCAUCUCAAGACUCUAAAGAUCUGCCAGAGAAUGAUACAGUCACAGAUAAGUCAUUUGAGAUAAAGUCAGAAGAGGAAGACAAAGUAGAAGAAAAGGAGGAAGUAAUGGAAAUUGACGCAAAUCCUGUGUCAUCACAAACUCCAAAGAGAGAGAACAGUGAAAAUAUCAGAACUGAUGGUGAUAAGUUCAUAAAGGAUGAACCAAUGAAUUUGGAUGAGUCCAGAACUAAAUCCAAUUCACAAGAACAGGAAAGCAAUAUCUCUACUGAUCUUAUCAAUGUGAGUGAAGCCUUUCAACUCAGGACUUGGUAUAAAAAGAGAGUAAAAACAUCAAAAUUGGAUGGACUGCUGGAUCGGCGAAUAAAACAGUUUACGAUGGAAGAGAAGCAACGUCAAGAAAAACUGAAACAAGAAGCUUUAAUGAAAUUCCAGAAAAAAGAACACAAAGGUGCAACUGAACCACAGAAACCUGAUCAGGCUGGAAGCUGUAUUCAGAAAAAACCUGGAGCAGUACAAGAAAAAGAACAUAUGGGUCAGAUCUCUCCAAAGCUCACCUUUGAAAGCUCCGUGGCGUCAGUUCAAGAAAAUGCCAUCGAGAAAAGUGAAGCGUCGGUGCAAGAAAAUAAUCCAGUUUUAACACCCUUAAAGGAUUCAGAUAUUGACAAUACCAAAUCAAACCAAAAACUUACGAAAGAUGCCACUGAGAAUAAUAAUGAAUCGGUGGUCACGAGCAAUGAAUCCAAUGACCUGCAUUUAAAAAAUCAGGAAAAUGGAGCCGAAGGCAGCUGCGUGCAGUCGGUUAUGGGAAAAAAUUCUGUAAAUAAUAGUUCUGAUGUGAAAAAUGAGCAAGUUGGCAAGAUCGGUGAGCCAUUGGCAGGAGGAGGAAACCACGACAAUCUAAACACAAAGAUGGAAAUGGGUGUUGUUGAAGGGAGUAGUGGUCUAAUGGAAACUGAUGAAAACAUUGAAAGAAACAACCCUGAAAUUAAGAUAAAUAAAGAGAUUUUUGGAAUUGUCUAUCCUGAAAAGAUCGAGCCACAAACCAAUGAAGCAAUUUCUGAAAAAUGUGUUGAAUCAAUGAUUAUUGAGGAAAAUGGUAUAAAAGAAUUACAUGUCCACAAGGAAAGCAAUAGUAUUGAAAGUCAGUGCUUUGAAAAAAUGGACAUAGAUGACAAUAUGGAAACUAAGAUUUCUGAAAUCCAAACAGUAGAUAAACUAGAGCAUCAGUACCUAGUUGAUCAGGUUAAUGGAAAAGUUGUGGAAUCAAAAUCAACUGUUAUGAAAAACUCUGAACUGGUGCCAACUGAAGCAUCUGGUGUUGCUGUUAAUAAUAUAGAACAUGUUAAAGAAAAGAGCAGCAUCAAAGUGAACUCUGAAAAUGAAACAAAGUCAUCAGCAAGAGAUCCACUGGUCAGGCUGGUUAUGAAUGGGGAUAUUACCAUAGUUGACCUAGAGGAAAAGUCAAAUCGAGUAGAAGGAAGGACUGUAAUAGCUGCGCAUUCUAAGGUUCAAGAUAAUAUAAUAGCAAAUAAUGAUAAUGCAGUGUCCCAAUUGAAGGCACCCAGGCUAGAUGAUGCGAUCCCACAGGUGAAAUCACCUAAGUUAGAUCCUGUCCCACAGUUAAAAGCACCAAGGUCAGAUGAUGCUGCCUCCCAAGCAAAGGGACCCAGCAUAGAUAAUGCUGUUCCACAUGUAAAUGCACCCAGAGUCGAUGAUUCAGUCCCACAGCUAAAUGCACCUAGCGUAGAUGAUGCUGUCCCUCAAGUAAAGGCACCCAGAAUAAGUGAUUCAAUCCCACGGAUAAAGACACCUAGAUUAGAUGAUUCAGUCUCGCAGGUAAAGGCACCCUGUGUAGACAUUUCAAACCCACAGAUCAAGGCACGGAAGUUAGAUGAUUCAAUCCCUCUGAUAAAGGCACAAGUGAAUCCACCCAAGUUAGAACCCGUACUAUUGCAGGGAAGUGAAUCAGGGUUACUUAAUAUUUCUGAGGUAGUAAAUUCAUCCAAAGAGUCAGACCUUUUAAAUGUUGAUGUGGAUAAAUCAUUAGAGACUGAAAAUAGAGCAAAGCUAUUGGAAAUAGAUGGACAGCUGCAUAAAAAAGCUGUUUCUCCACCCCUUAUUUCAAUAUCAGACUCCACUUUGAGUAAAAGCUUCAGUGAGCAAAAUGGGAUGCAAUCAGAAAAUGAAAUGGGUGGUGUCAAUGGGGAUCAUGAGGUUAAAACAAUUAUUACUGAAAUGACUACCACGACUACAACCAUUUCGACCCAGUCCAAAACUGUUGUUAGUGUAACUGAAGCUUCUUCUCCACAGAGCAGUGUUCCAUCAGUGGUGUCCUGUCUCAAGAACUGUGCUGUUUGUUCAACCACAACUACAACCACAACAAUCACAAAAGUGACCACACCAAAACUGGACUGUACUGUGGAUGCUGUGACAGUCACAGAAAAAACUGUUGUCACAACCACAGUGACUGACUGUGUGGCUACUCCAGGUGGGAUGUCAACAACUACCAUGACAGUAAGUAAAGAAUAUUCCACCAAGGACAAAGUAAAACUAAUGCGGUUUUGUCGCCCCAAAAAGACCAGGUCUGGCACGGCCCUGCCUUCAUACCGUAAAUUUAUUACCAAAAGCAGCAAGAAGAGCAUAUUUGUCCUACCCAAUGAUGACCUACGGAAAUUAGCCAGGCGAUCUGGUAUUCAAGAAGUUCCAGGAUUUAACUACAAUGCAAAGCCUGCACAGGACAUCUGGCCAUAUCCAUCACCGAGACCAACGUUUGGCAUUGCAUGGAGAUAUCGACUGCAAACUGUGAAAUCCUUAGCUGGUGUCAGCCUUAUGUUGCGGUUAUUAUGGGCGUGCUUACGAUGGGAUGACAUGGCAGUUAAACCACCAUCAGGAGUCACCACUGCACGUACAGAAACUACAGAAACUGAUAUCACUACUACGGAGAUUAUCAAGCGAAGAGAUGUUGGUCCAUAUGGAAUCCGUUCUGAAUACUGCAUUCGGAAGAUUAUCUGUCCUAUUGGUGUUCCAGAAACUCCUAAAGAAACUCCAACACCACAGAGAAAAGGUCUUCGAUCUAGUGCAUUACGGCCAAAGAAGGUGGAGGCCCCAAAGCAGACUGGUCCUGUAAUAAUUGAGACCUGGGUUCCAGAGGAAGAACUGGAUUUGUGGGAAAUUCGCAGUUUUGCAGAGAGGGUGGAAAAGGAGAAGGCACAAGCUGCUGAGCAGCAAGCAAAGGUUAGUGAGCAGAAGAAAUCCGAAGAGUUCAAGGCCCAACUGGAGGCCCAGCUUAAGCAGCAGCGAUUGGCUGCUCAACAGAAACGUCUUGAGCAGCAGAAGUUAUCUUCCACUCCAAGUUCCUCCUCUUCUGUAUCUACAACCAACAGCACUACUACCACUGUUGCCACCUCCCAGAAGUUAGUGGUAGGUUCCUUGACAGGACAGGUUUCCCCAGGAACAAAGGUGGUAUUUACAACCACAAAAGUGGGUUCACCAACUACAGUAACAUUCCAGCCUAACAAGAAUUUUCAACAGAGUUUUGCUACCUGGAUCAAGCAGGGCCAGAGUGGGUCAGUUACCAGCACAGUUUCUACCACAGGUACAACCAUUGCCACCACGGGUCAAACUUUCCAGAUAACAGGCAGUCCAGUAACCAUGACUGGCAAGGUGAUAACUGCUAAGCUUCCACUCUCUGCAAACAGCAAAAUCCUGACUGUCAACGUACCAACCACUCAAGGAGGUGUAGUUCAGGUGCAGCAGAAAGUUCUGGGAAUCAUUCCAUCAGGCACUACUUCCAGCCAGCAAACCUUUACUUCAUUCCAGCCAAGGGCCACUACUGUAACUCUGCGGCAGAAUGCACCAGGUACAACAACUACAACUCAGCAGGUACAGGUCCUUACAACAGGAGGAGCAACACAGAUACGUCCUGGCGUUACAGUUAUAAGAGCACCUUUUCAGCAGGCAGCAACCAUUGGCAAAGCUAUUAUCCGUACACCUUUGAUGGUCCAGCAAGGUAUACUCCCAGCAACUCAAAACCAACAGGUAGUCACGCAGAUUAUCCGUGGACAGCCAGUAACAACUGUGUCAAGUACAGGUAAUUUAGUUCAGAGUUCAACCCAGAAGAUGGUGACUACACCAACUACAGCUAUGCAACCUCUCCAAAGCCGGCCUGCCACACCACAAGGUCAACAGCCAGCUCAGCGGCCACAACAAGGACAGGUCAGAUUAACAAUGGCCCAGCUAACCCAGCUCACGCAAGGACAGAGUGGAGGUCAGGGAUUGACUGUGGUGAUCCAAGGACAGGGGCAAACAACUGGACAGCUUCAGCUUAUCCCACAAGGUGUAUCAGUAAUUCCUGGGCCAGGACAACAGCUAAUGCAGGCAGCCAUGCCAAGUGGAACAAUUCAGAGAUUCCUUUUCACACCUCUGUCAACAGUAACAGCAUCGGCUGCUGCAACAACAGUAGCUUCUGCAACAACAGCAUCAACUUCAACAGAACAGAAACAGGUGCAGACACAUGUACAACAAAUACAAACUCCGAUCCAGUCAUCACCUCAGCUACCACCACCUUCUGCUGUUCAGACUUCAGUCACCUCUCAGUCAUUGACCUCCAUACAGCCUGCUCAAACGCAACCAACACAAGCCCAGCCUGUGGUCCAGGUACAGUCUCCACCACAAGUUCAUCCUGUUGUCCAAACACAAGCUCCACCACAAACGCAAGUUCCUCCAGCCCAAGCUGGAAAUCAACUAAAUGUACAGUCUCCACCGCGACCACAGUUACAGCCUCAGCAACAUCAAGCAACUGUUCAGACAAUAACUCCACAACCUCAGCUUCAUCCUCAAGCUCCAAAUCAGAUGGCAGCUGACACCCAAGCACUGCCUCAGGUCACCCCAGGUGUGGUUCAGCAUCAAAUUAAACUCCAGGUCCCUGUUCAGAUUCACCAACCAGGUCUGACUGCAGCUCAACAGAUUCAGAAUGUGGUCAGUGUGCAAACAGCCAGUGUCCAGGAGCACCUACAGAGAAUUCAACAAAUCCGUGAGCAACAACAGCAAAAGAAACAGCUGCAGAUUGAGGCAAAGAGGGAGCACAUGCUACAGACUACAAACCAAAAUGAAAUUAUUCAGAAACAGGUUGUAAUGAAACAAAAUGCUGUCAUUGAGCACUUGAAAGCAAAGAAUCGGAUGAUGUCGCCUGCAGAACGAGAAGAAAACCAGAGAAUGAUUGUCUGUAACCAGGUUAUGAAGUAUAUUCUGGAUAAAAUUGACAAGGAAGAAAAACAAGCAGCGAAGAAACGGAAGCGAGAUGAGAACGUAGAGCAGAAGCGCAGUAAACAGAAUGCUACCAAGCUGUCAGCAUUGUUGUUCAAACACAAAGAGCAGUUGAAGGCUGAGAUCCUAAAGAAAAGGGCGUUAUUGGACAAGGAGCUUCAAAUUGAGGUGCAGGAGGAGCUGAAAAGAGACAGAAAUAAGUUAAGGAAGGACAAAGAGAAGGCACAUGCAGCCGCUAUGCACACUGCAGCCAUUGCUGCUGCAAAUGCUGUACAAGCUGCUGUGACACAGAAGCGAAAGCGAGAAGAGGAGAAAGAGCCUGCAAAGGUCAAGAAGAAAAAGAUGAUUUCUACUACCUCAAAAGAAUCUAAGAAGGACACAAAGCUUUACUGUAUCUGCAAGACACCUUAUGAUGAAUCAAAGUUCUACAUUGGCUGUGAUCUCUGUACGAACUGGUAUCAUGGAGACUGUGUUGGUAUCACAGAAAAAGAGGCUAAAAAAAUGGAUGAGUACAUUUGCAAUGAAUGUAAACGAGCACAGGAGGGCAGCAGCGAGGAGCUCUACUGUAUCUGUAGAACACCAUACGACGAAUCACAGUUUUACAUCGGUUGUGAUCGCUGCCAAAAUUGGUAUCAUGGGCGUUGUGUUGGCAUACUACAGAGUGAGGCAGAUCUCAUUGACGAGUAUGUUUGCCCACAAUGUCAGUCUACAGAAGAUGCUAUGACUGUUCUUAGUCCACUUUCAGACAAAGAUUAUGAGGGUCUUAGACGAGUGCUACGCUCUUUACAGGCUCAUAAAAUGGCUUGGCCCUUUUUGGAACCAGUAGAUCCCAAUGAUGCACCAGAUUAUUAUGGCAUUAUCAAAGAGCCAAUGGAUCUUUCUACCAUGGAAGAAAGGAUACAUCAUCGGUUCUACAAAAAACUGACAGACUUUGUUGGUGAUAUGACCAAAAUCUUUGACAACUGCCGUUACUAUAACCCCAGUGAUUCACCGUUUUAUCAAUGUGCAGAGGUUCUAGAAUCAUUUUUUGUACAGAAACUGAAAACUUUCAAGGCAAACCGGUCUCAUUCCUAACAGAUUACACUCUACUGCGUAGAUUGCACUCUCUAGACUUCAACCAACAAGGAACAAACUCUUACAAAGCGUGAAUAACAGGAAUUGCAUUCAGAGUGCAGUAAGAAGUUGAUGCCACCAGAGGCAGAUAUACUUAGUCAGGCUUUCCUGACUGACUGACCUUAACCAGCACUGUUGUUCAAGCACCAAUCAGUUAACUGAAUUGGAUAAAGCCCCAUCUGUUUGUUAGAAACUAAAAGGGAGAGUUUAAAUGAAGAGGAGAAGGAAGGAAAUUUGAAAACAUUUGUAAAGAAGCCACCUUUUAUCAGCCCUGUUUGACUGUUGUUUCCUCCUUGCCUGAUAUGGGAUGGGAAGCAUGAAGCAUCCUGUCCACUCUUGUUAUGACAGGGGGCUGGCUUCAAUUUUCCCAGCGAAGUUCAUCACCACAGUUCUUCAGUGAAGAAGCUGGCUGCAAGCUGUCUGUAAUGAAACAAACAUGUUUAAAUUUGACAGCUGUAUUUAUUUAUUACUGAGAAAAGAUGAAGCUUUCUUUUUUAGAAUCUGCUGCCCUUGUUUGUCAACUAAUUAUGUGCUUUUUUUCUUAUUGAUAUGAAAAGACCCAACUUGCAAUAAGUUGGUCUUUUUUAUGUAAUUGCUGUAGGUAACGGUGAGUGAUAACCCUCGAUCCUUUC